CCGGAAGUCGCGCGUUCUCCAGCUUUUUUGAAGAAGAUUCUGUUACGAUGUCGUAGUUUGCUGCAUGUCCACAAAGUGCUGGUUGCCUCUUUUGACGGUCUUGCAGGGUGGUGCUUUAUGACGCUGUUGUGAAACCUCUGCUCGUACCAACGCACAAUGCAUCUCCGGAGCCCACCGACAAGUGAAGCACAUCCUCCUCCUGCCAGCUCGCCUUUCCUCCAUGAAGGUGUGACAUUCACAAAGUGCUGUCUUGUCAGUCUUCUCCUCGUCUUGGCUGUCACCUUUUGCAAGUUCAGCCUUGUAGCUGAUGAUCACCGUGUUUUUUGGACGCAGCAGGGUAUGGCCCCCCUGACCACCAAAGACUUUGCUUUGCCACAGUCAGAAUUACUGGACACAUACGUGGGCCCAAAGCAGUGCUCGGAGCAACAGUGUGGCGCGGCACCUCAGAGUCGCUUCGACUGUGCCCCCGAUAAGGCCGUAAGCCGGCAGGAGUGUCUGGACCGAGGGUGUUGUUAUUCCCCGCUUCAUAAGUCCAGAGAUCUUGGGGCCCCCUGGUGUUUCUUCCCCUCUGUGUAUCCCGGUUAUAUAUUGGGCAAACUGAACCAGACCAAGGGAGGUGAAAGUGCCCACCUCACCCGCUCCUCUAAGACCUUCAUUCCCCAGGACGUUAUGGCCCUCGAGAUGGACGUGAUGUGGGAGACGGAGGCUCGGCUUCAUUUCACGCUGAAAGAUCCAUCCUCUAAGCGCUACGAGGUGCCAAUAGAUGUCCCAAAAAGCGAAUGGCGGGCUAUAUCUCCAAUGUACUCGAUUGAAUAUUCCACCUAUCCCUUUGGCAUCAUUGUGCGAAGAAAAUCCAACAGACGUGUGCUACUCAACACCACGGUUGCCCCCCUCAUCUUUGCUGAUCAGUUCCUACAGCUUUCCACUUCAUUGCCCUCAUCGUACAUUUCUGGUCUUGGGGAGCAUCUCACUGGCCUCAACCUUGACCUCAACUGGACGAAAGUUACGUUUUGGAAUAGAGACAUCAGUCCACAUAGCAAUGCCAAUCUGUACGGCUCCCACCCUUUUUACCUGGUCCAGGAAGGUGACGGCUUGGCGCACGGCGUAUUUCUGCUCAAUAGCAAUGCAAUGGAUGUUAUCCUUCAACCUGCUCCAGCACUGACAUGGAGGACCAUUGGAGGAGUGCUUGACUUCUACAUCUUUUUGGGACCAGACCCCCAAAGUGUGAUCCGGCAGUACCUAGAUGUUAUUGGGUACCCCCUGAUGCCCCCUUAUUGGGGUCUAGGCUUCCAUCUGUGCCGGUGGGGUUAUAAUUCAACAGCAGUGACACGAAAUGUUGUGAAAAACAUGCAAAGAGCCAACUUUCCUCUGGAUGUGCAAUGGAAUGACAUUGACUACAUGGACAGCAGGAGGGACUUCACCUACAACCAGGAGAACUUUGGGGAUUAUCCUCAGAUGGUGAAUGAAUUCCAUGGAGAAGGCCUGAAAUAUAUCAUGAUCUUGGACCCUGGGAUCAGCAGUUCAGGACCUCCAGGCUCUUACAAGCCCUUUGAUGAUGGUUUGAAGAGAGGCGUCUUCAUCACGAACCAGACAGGACAACCACUGAUUGGAAAGGUUUGGCCUGGUCCUACAGCCUUUCCAGAUUUUACUAAUCCCGAGACACAACGUUGGUGGACAGAAAAUAUCAAGGAGUUCCAUGCUAAAGUGGCCUUUGACGGUCUCUGGAUUGAUAUGAAUGAGCCUUCAAACUUCGUUACUGGAUCAUUAGACGGAUGUCCCAGUAAUACUUUGGAAAACCCACCCUACGUUCCAGGUGUUGUUGGCGGAAGACUUGCAUCUUCGACUCUUUGUGCUUCAAGCUCACAGCACCUGUCCUCCCACUACAACCUUCAUAACCUGUACGGUCUAACAGAAGCCAUCGUGACCCACAAUGCUCUGAUUGAAGCCACUGGCAAGCGGCCAUUUGUCAUCUCCCGAUCAUCCUUCUCCAGUCAUGGACGCUACGCUGGUCACUGGACCGGAGACGUGGAAAGCACAUGGGAACAGCUCCGCUAUACGGUGCCAGCAAUUCUACUCUUUAACAUGUUUGGGGUUCCCCUUGUUGGCGCAGAUAUAUGUGGGUUUUUGGGUAACACCUCGGAAGAGCUCUGUGUGCGUUGGAUGCAAUUAGGUGCCUUCUACCCCUUCAUGAGAAACCACAAUGACAGGCCUAACACGCCACAAGAGCCGUAUGUUUUCAGCAAGAAGUCUCAAGAAGCCAUGAGAAAUGCACUUGUACUCCGCUACUCUCUGCUGCCGUGCCUGUACACCUUGUUCCACCAGGCCCACGUCCGAGGCGAGACGGUGGCUCGACCGCUCUUCUUCGAGUUCCCGGCCGAUUCCAAUGCCAGAACGAUAGACCAGCAGUUUAUGUGGGGUGACGCCCUCUUGAUCAGUCCGGCGAUGGAGCCCAAUGUCACAGAGAUCGCCGCCUACUUUCCUCCCGCUACAUGGUACAGCUUUUACGACGUGAGUAUUGCGUCUCUCUCUUGGGUCUGUGUGGGUAUCUGGAGUACCUUUUUCGUGAAUCACUCGGGUCCUUUCUAGAACAGUGGUUCUCAA